UUGGUUAUUUGUCAUGUUAUUUAAGUUGCUAUUGUUAAUGAAAAUCUAUCUGGAAGUUUAUUCAUUAUUCGUAAUAGGAGGACUCGGCCCCCUCGAAGUGGCUAUCUACUUACUUCUGAUAUCUAGCUCCUUACAAGUGGUAUCAAAGCCGUUCGGUCCAUGUCUGAAGGGCACAAUACUCGCUUAUCCCACCUUGCUGAAUCGUUGGCUGCAGUUCGGCACACAAAGGAAAUUCAACACCAAAAUCAAGAAGCCUUGCAACAGGCCAUGGAAAACUUGUCAGCACAAUUACAACUGGUGGUGACUAAUGUGGAGACCUUGGUCAUUCAGCAAGGAAAGCAUAAGGAAGACUCUCACAUUGGGUCAUCCUCUCAGCGGGGAAAUCCUUUAUUUGAAGAGCAUGGUGGAAUUCAAACAAGGGCUAUUCGUCUCGACUUUCCUAAAUUCGAUGGCGACGACCCUAAUGGAUUUGGAGGCUUCAGGUGGGAUCACUAGUUGGGAUGGCUUCUCUCAAUCCUUACUCACCAGAUUUGGUCCUUCCCUUUUGGAUGAUCCAAUGAAGGCCCUUACACAGCUCCGACAAAAUACAACCGUGGAGGCUUACAAGUCACAAUUUGAGGUCUUAUCUAAUCGGCUUAAAGGGUUGGCAGAACCAUAUAAGCUCAGUUGUUUUUUGAGCGGCUUACGGGAGGAUAUUCGGUUCAUGGUUCGUAUGCUAAAUCCCUCUAACCUCACAAUGGCUUUUGGUAUGGCAAAAAUGCAGGAGGAAAAUGUUGCCGCCUUCCGGCGGGGUUCAAAGGUGAGCUCUCUUCCCACACGCCCAUUUAUUACCAACACCACUUCGGAUACAAAGGCUAUUGUUCCGGUCCAACGUUUGUCCCCAUUACAAAUGAAGGAGCGACGGGCAAAAGGACUUUGUUACAAUUGUGAUGACAAAUGGGGGCCGGGCCAUAAAUGCAAAUCAGCCCGUUUGUUUAUCAUGGAAUGGGCUGACUCAGAGGAGGACGAGCCACGACUCGUGCAGCAACCACCACUUCUAGAGUGAGUAGAAGUUCCCUUGAGUGGGGUAGAAGUUG